GUUGCUGUUCAGAACGUUUACAAGAAGAACCUUGCUCGUAUCGCUGGCAAUCAGCCGGUGGCCGGAAUCGACUAUUACGGUCGUGUCCUGACGUUUUUCCAGAUUGGUUUUGUUGACGCAAUCGAGACCUAUGUUGAGCGGUAACUUUUGCGUGGUUUUAUGAGUUUAAGUAGGAACUAAGUAUAUAGAUUGGUUGUUGUGUACGGUGAAUUUAUACACACAUAUGUGGAGAAUGUCGUUAAGAAAGUCAAUGUUGCAAGUUCACUAUGCAUGGUCAUUCCUCUUCUUCUCCUUUCAGUGCCAAAGCGGCUAAGAUCACCGCUGAUCUCGAGGCUCGGAUGGCGUCUUUUCAAGCCCGCCCUGGACCCUAUUCGCCCGAACGCCCCGAGAAGGGUAAGGGAAAAGGGAAAGGUGGCGCCGGUCCGCGUUUCUGCUUCGCUUUUUUGGCAGCCGGCAAGAACCGUGGUCAAAAUUGCGGCGUUCCGGGAUGCCAGUUCCGGCACGAGCUCCCUGCGACACGUGUUGAGGCCGAACGCGUGAAGACGUUUGCACCCCGCGUUUUGGGUGGUUGGAACUUGGAUGAUGACUUUGGUGUAGCUAACGUGGCAGGUGAUCAGAAUGAGGUCGCAACCAAUAACAACAAUAAUGGAACUGGUUGA